UCGAAAACCGCCUCCAGAGAAGGUGCAGGAACGUACACCAGUAUGUAAUUUCUAUAAUUCUUUUCCUCUCCCAACCCAAUUCGAAUAUAAAAAUCACUCUGUAUAAAUAUGAGAUAACCUCGUCAAUGUUUACAUAUCAAUUGAUCAUAAGCAAUCAACAGAAGAAGAAGAAGAAGAAGAAGGAUUCUCAAGACAUGGAUUCUCAAAACAACUCAAGUUCUUCUCUUUGCAAGAGGGGCUGUGGCUUCUUCGGAUCACCACAGAAUCAUGGCCUGUGCUCUAAGUGCUACAAGGAUUAUUUGAAAGAGAAACUACUUUCUGAAGCUGAAUCUGCCAAAACGACAGAUAGACCUAUAGAUACGCAGCUAACGACAGAUAGACCGACAGAUACGCAUACGCAGCUACCUUUACCAACCAAGACUGGAGAAACGACAAUGUUAAUAGCUUCUGCUGAUACGACAGCACUCACGAUAGAUAAGCAGCUAUCUUUGCCUCCCAAGACUGGAGAAACGACAUUGACAAGUACUUCUGCAGUUUCUACUGUGAAGAAUCGAUGUGAAAGUUGCAACAAGAAGGUGGGUUUGACAGGAUUCGCAUGCCGUUGCGGAAAGGUCUUGUGUGGUUCUCACCGGUACCCUAAAGAACAUUCGUGCACGUUUGAUUUCAAGAAAGCUGAUCGGGAUCGUUUGAUCAAGCAAAAUCCACUUAUCAAGUGCGAUAAACUCGAUUCAAGGAUCUGAAGAAAUAUCGAUUCUUGGUUUGAUUAGUUAAUUUUUGCUCGUCAAGUUGUUCAAUUUAAUUACAGUUAACAUUCUAAUUCUUUGUAUUUUCUAGUUUUAAAAGUUAAUUACUUUUGUUGAACAUCAAAACUGUUUCUUUCUUUUGAAUGAGAACAUAGCCAAUUGGGCCUCGGUCUAAAAAUUUGGACCA